AGUGGGCCUUGGGGAGACAGUCCUCUCACCCGGCCAAGGAUGACUUCUGUGUCCAGCCCAGAACCCCUAGGUGUCUUGGGGACUCAGGACCCCCACAUCUCAGAGCCACGAAUGGACAGGGGUGGGGUGCUCACUGGGAACCUGUGUUCUCCGCAGCCGAUCCCAGGGCUGUGGGGUCACACACUGAGAGCCAUGCUCCCCUCACACGUGGGUAUGCACCUGCGCCUGAGUGGACACAUUCAUGCUCAAACACAGGUUAACCUGCUGGUGUGUGACACCCCCUUACACGGGUCCAUGUGCGGCCCCCGCAUCUACACAGCACGGCUGCCCACCCGCCAGGAGGGAGGAUGAGCCGGUGUGUGGGGGCAGGUGGGUCGCCGGGUCCGGAGCCGCCAAGGUCCCAGUGCCGGGGGCUGGGUGCUGCUCCUGUGCAGGAGGCCUGGCCGCCACCCCAGACGGCACAUUCCUCAGGUCUUCCCUGUGCCUCUGGGCACUGACUUGUCCACUGAGGAGCUCAAGUGACCUCAGAACUCGGAUAGUCCCAGGAGCCCUCGGGAGGAUGUUCUCGGAGCAGAGGCACAGACAACACUUCCUGGAGGCAGCAUGUGACCCCGAGUCACGAUCGCCGUGGGAACCAGAGCACUGUCAUGCACAAGCUGGGCCUGGCCCACAAGGCAGCUCCCCACACUGAGCCCCCAGCCCCCUUUCUGGGUCCCCACCGCCUCUCUGAGCAGCCCCUCCCCUGGCCGCGAGCUGGAUUCUCUGGUAGGCUUCCCACUGUCAGAACAGCGGCGACAGGGCUGCGAGGACACAAAGCCCCACUACUGGCUAGACCUCAGCCCCCACACCCUCCGCCCACACCCCCUGCCUUGGCCCCAGGCCUUUGCAUAGGCUGCUCCUGGGGUCUGCAAGGGUCCCACACUGACUGGCGGGAGCCAUUACCCCUUUGCCCAGGAAGAUUUCUGGACCCCCUGGCUGUGUCGGGGGCUUCCUUGGGCUUCAGUGCCCCUACCCCAUGUGUGUAACCGAGGGUGCCCCCAGCAGACACUCACCCAAAGUCCUGUGGCUGGUCUGAUCCCUGACUCACCCUCACCCCGACUCCACCCCUUGGGGGUGCCCAGCCCUCUCACCCGACUCCCUAGACCCAGAGCAGGAAGUUCCCUCGUGUGGUGGACAUUGGGGUGGCACACACAUGUAAGUGGGCUGUGUGGAUGAGGUGGGGGUAUCAAGCUAGGCUGAGAUUGGGGGUGCUCCUCGGAGGGGCCCUUCUGGGAGGCCCACCUGCGCACUCAGGUGCCACCGGGGCCUUAAAUAGGGUUAGUGAGCGGAUCUAUUUCUGGAACGGCUGCCCCAGCAUCCCAGGGGCUCCCAGGGGGAGGUUUUACCCAGGACUCCAGCACCCCAGACCUGCCCAGGCUGUGGAAACCCACACUGACCCCCCAGCCUCACCCCAGGCUCUGAUCUCUCACCUCUGACUUCCUGCCCUCCGCUGCCCAGCCUGCCAGGGUGAGGACGGGAGGCCAGCCAAUCCUGGAGGCCGCAGGCCACACCCCUGGCCUAUAUGACCUCAAGUGUAUAAAUACACCUGCCCGAAGCUGACACCCAGAGACCUCACACCUGCUUCGGACAGUGCUCUCAUCUGGAAGAGCGCACCCAUCCCCCUGAGCCCCGCUUGCCUGGGACAGAGCAGAGGGCACGCCUGCCAGAGCAGUGCCCCCAGGAAGGACAGCUGCUGGUAGCCAGCCCCGUGGAGGGACACCUGCCAGGUGGAGCACAGGUGGGCCCAGCCCAGAGAAGAGGGAGCGAACACAGCUGGACAGGAGAGCUCGGAGCCUCACAGCCUGGUGGUGGCCACCCAAGAGGACCAUGCUCAGGCCUUGCUGACGACCCCCGGCUACCAGCUCGGAGUCAUGUCAUCAGGCCAACAGGUGUGGCAUACAGCCACGCCGGCUCCUGGUCGGCCCAGCCCUACAGCCACGGUGCCCAGGUCCCCCAGCACCCCUGGCUCAGAGAAGGUGGCCUCCCCACUGGAGUGCUCCAUCUGCUUCUCCGGCUACGACAACAUCUUCAAGACGCCCAAGGAGCUCUCCUGCACACACGUCUUCUGCCUGGAGUGCCUGGCACGGCUGGCGGCCGCCCAGCCAACAGGCCGGCCCGGCAGCGAGGCUGUGCCCUGCCCGUUCUGCCGGCAGCCCACGGCUGUGCCGGCUGCCGGGGCCCCCGCCCUGCGCACCAGCCGCCAGCUGCAGGCCAGGAUGCCGGCCCACCUGCGUCGGGAGGAGCCCGUGUGGCUGGAGGGCACUAAGCUCUGCUGCCACCUGCCGCCCUCCACACCCGGCCUUCCAGCACCUGGCUUCGUGUGUGUGGAUGUGGGCCUGAGCAAGCCUGCGGAGCCCACUGCACCCACACCCAGCCCGCGCCCUGCCCGCCGCCAGGGCCGUCUGGCCCGCUGCUGGGCGCGCUACGGGGCGCGCUGCGGGGACUGGAGGCGCGCGGUGCUGGUCACGGCCCUGCUGCUGGUGCUCUUCUGUGUGGUGCUCUGGCCCGUGCAGUGCGCGCUCAAGACUGGGGACCUGCACUGCGUCCCCCGGCCCUCCGCCACCAUCACCACCACCGCUGCCUUCUCUCCUGGGCCCCUGGCCGACCGCUAGGCUCAGCCACCCCUGCCCCAGCGCCAGGUGUGGGUCCCUGGCCCACAGUUGGGGUCACAGGCGUGGCAACCCCGGAGGGGCCCCAACAUCUCUGAGGACCCCAUAUACCCAUUCAGCUCACCUUCCUCCUACUCUGGGGGGCUGGAUCCUGAUGGCACGGACAAAAGGGUCCCUGAAGCUUCCAAGAAUCACAGGCUCCUAUGGGUCCCAGAGACCACCUCCCUAACCCCCCAUCACGGAGAGACAGCCUUGAUGAGGCCCCCUCUCUAUUCACUGUGAAUUACCUGCAUUAGCAGCCCUUUGCUGAGAAGGGAUGGCACUCACCAUCUUAAUUUUAUUUUCACAUUUCACCCAUGGCUCCUUCCCCAGGCAGGGCUGGCCCCUUCCAUUGGGUUGGGGUGCUAAUGCUGCCCUCUGACUAGGGGGACAAAGGGCAGCAGCAGGAGGCCCAGUCCUCCAGUGCCCAUCCUGAGCUGCACAUUUUUAAAUAAAUUAU